UUUGCGUUUCAGUGGCAAAUACCUCCUAAGCCGACGUCGUUUGGCGAGAACUCUGAUUCUUCGCGUCCACUUUCCACCGCCAACUCUCAGUCGCCGGACGAUUACCGCGCCGAUUCCGUUGUACCAUUGACAAUUGGGUACCCUCCCCUUGACAUAUACUUGCAUUUGCCUUCAAUGGCAACAGUAGAUGCUGCACCACCUUUGGAUAUUUUAGUUCGAGAACCGGAGGGUUUCUAUGUUUGGGGUGGACCACCUUUCAAUAAUGGUCAACCCAGUAUGAAGCUGGAGAAAGUUCCAUGCACCAAAGUGAAGUUCAGUGAGGAUGGAUCCAGGCUCAUGGUGAUGACAUCUGAAUCUGGUAUUGGCAUAUAUGAUUGUUGCAGCUUGAAAGAGAUAAAAUCUUUUCAAGUCCCCGCUGUUGGUGCCACCUUGUCACCAUGUGGGACUUAUCUUCAAACAUUCCAGAAAUCUUUGACACCACAGGAAAAGAAUUUGGUCUUAUGGAAGACAGACACUGGGGAUGCUGUAUAUAAUCUAUUUCAGAAGCACAUGACAAAAGACACAUGGCCAUCAAUCCGAUUUAGUUCAGAUGAAGCUGUUGCAUGUCGGGUGGCCACAAACGAAAUACAAUUUUUUGAUGCUAAAGAUUUUGCUAAAGGGAUUUUAUAUCGGCUGAGAAUCCCUGGAGUGGCAGCAUUUGAGCUUUCUAAGGCACCUGGGACACAUGUGGCAACAUUUGUUCCGGAAUCUAAGGGAAGCCCUGCCAGUGUCCAGAUAUAUGCUUGUGAUAAAGAUCCACAAAGUCAACCCCUUGCUCGCAAAAGCUUUUUCCGGUGUUCCACGGUGCAACUGCUUUGGAAUCAUGGUUCAACUGGGCUUCUAGUUGUGGUGCAGUCAGAUGUUGAUAAGACCAAUCAAAGUUAUUAUGGGGAGUCAAAGCUAAACUACCUAACAACGGAUGGAACUCAUGAAGGCCUUGUGCCCCUUCGUAAAGAGGGGCCUGUUCAUGAUGUUCAGUGGUCACAUUCUGGUUCAGAGUUUGCUGUUGUUUAUGGUUUUAUGCCCGCAAGUGCUACAGUGUUUGACAAGAGGUGCAGACCUCUGCUAGAGCUUGGAAGUGGCCCAUACAACACUAUCCGAUUGAAUCCUAAGGGAAAGUUUUUAUGUUUGGCCGGUUUUGGGAACUUACCUGGUGAUAUGGCAUUCUGGGACUAUGAAGAUAAAAAACAGCUUCGAACAACUAGGGCUGAGUUAUCUGUAACAAGUGAAUGGUCCCCUGAUGGAUGCUAUUUCAUGACAGCCACAACAGCUCCCAGACUACAAGUGGACAAUGGGAUUAAAAUUUUCCACUAUGAUGGAUCAUUGUACUUCAAGAAGAAAUUUGAGAAGUUAUUCCAGGCUGAGUGGAAACCAGAGUCACCAGAUAGAUUUGGUGAUAUUGCUGAACUUAUUAAGUCCAUUAGCACAUUAAAGGUUGACGAAUCCAAACAAAAAGGACCAGGGUCAGCCUCUAAAAAACCCGCUUCUGCUAACCCCCCUGCAGCAAAACCUGCCGCCUAUCGCCCACCACAUGCCAAACAGGCAGCUGCUAUUCAGGCCGAGCUGUUUGGUGAGAGCCCUUCACAAGAAAUGAGCAAAAAUGCUCUGAAAAACAAGAAGAAAAGGGAAAAACUGAAGGAGAAAAAAGCCGCUGGUUCGUGAUUAAAUGUCGUAUUGCUGAAAUGCCUCAUGAUAAAAUGUAGCUUUGGACUUGAGAGGAAGCUGCAGCUAACCUGUAUCACGAUGUUCAUUCAAUAUUCGUUCUUAAUGAUUUUGCCGGAAAAUUUUGAGAUGAUUUUUGCUUAUAUAAGCCUGUGAUUGUGUAUCUGGAGAAAGCUGUAUGUUGAGACAUGUAACAUUUUCGUUAAUAUUAUAUGCUAUAUUAUGGAAGUUA